AUGGCAGCUCACCUGAGGGAGCUUCGCAGCCAAUCACCGCGCAGCUCGUCCCUCGGGCUUGUAUCCUUUAGUGAAAGAAUUCAGCUCCUUGCGAGAAAGUUACCUGUGGCCGCCCAAGUCCGCCACUUUCUGCUCUGUGGCUGCCCAUUGCCACGAUCCAGGAGGACUCCGCGCCGCCCGGCCGCCUCCGAGCUCGGGCCCCAUGUGAGGGGGCCCCCCCUUAUCCCACCUUUCCGGCUAGGUGAGGGCGCGAGCGGGCGAGCGAGCGAGAGUGGUGAGGGGGGACGGAAAAGCAGAAUUACCUGUAGCUCUUGUUCUGCCAUCUCGGGCGCUCUCACACACCUUCACCUGCACAGACUUGAAAGUCCAGUUUCACCAGAGGCUGAGGCUCCAGGAAAAGGGGAGCGAGUUCAUUGGAUCAAACAUGUCACAAGAGUCGGACAAGUAAGUGGAUCACACGCGCCGGCUGCUUCUACUACCACUUUGGGCUGAUGGCAACUGUAAUAAACGACUGGUGGCCUUAGUGCCCAUGCCCAGUGAACCUCCGUUCAAUACGCGAAGGGCCUACACCAGUGAAGAUGAAGCCUGGAAGUCGUACUUGGAGAAUCCCCUGACGGCUGCCACCAAGGCGAUGAUGAGCAUUAAUGGGGACGAGGACAGUGCUGCCGCCCUGGGCCUGCUCUACGACUACUACAAGGUUCCUCGAGACAAGAGGCUGCUGUCUGUAAGCAAAGCAAGUGACGGCCAGGAAGAGCAGGAUAAAAGAAACUGUCUUGGCACCAAUGAAGCCCAGAGUAAUUUGAGUGGAGGAGAAAACCGAGUGCAGGUCCUAAAGACUGUCCCAGUGAAUCUUUCCCUAAAUCAAGACCACCUGGAGAAUUCGAAGCGGGAACCGUACAGCACGAACAUCUCCGAGAGCCCAGCCAUCAUUCCCGUAUCAGGAAUCACAGUGGUGAAAGCUGAAGAUUUUACACCAGUUUUCAUGGCCCCACCCGUGCACUAUCCCCGGGGAGACGGCGAGGAGCAACGUGUGGUUAUCUUUGAACAGACUCAGUAUGGUGUGCCCUCCAUGGCCAGCCACAGCGCCUACCUCAAGGAUGACCAGCGCAGCACCCCGGACAGCACUUACAGCGAGAGCUUCAAGGAUGGAACCACAGAGAAAUUCCGGAGUGCUUCAGUUGGGGCCGAGGAGUACAUGUAUGACCAGACAUCAAGUGGCACAUUUCAGUACACCCUGGAAGCCACCAAGUCGCUGCGUCAGAAGCAGGGGGAGGGCCCCAUGACCUACCUCAACAAGGGACAGUUCUACGCCAUAACGCUCAGCGAGACUGGAGACAACAAAUGCUUCCGGCACCCUAUCAGCAAAGUCCGGAGCGUGGUAAUGGUGGUCUUCAGUGAAGACAAAAACCGAGACGAACAGCUGAAAUACUGGAAGUACUGGCACUCCCGGCAGCAUACGGCGAAGCAGAGGGUCCUUGACAUUGCUGAUUACAAGGAGAGCUUUAAUACGAUUGGAAACAUCGAGGAGAUUGCGUAUAAUGCGGUUUCCUUCACCUGGGACGUGAACGAAGAGGCGAAGAUUUUCAUCACUGUGAAUUGCCUGAGUACAGAUUUCUCCUCCCAGAAAGGGGUGAAAGGACUUCCUUUGAUGAUUCAGAUUGAUACAUACAGUUAUAAUAACCGUAGCAAUAAACCCAUUCAUAGAGCUUACUGCCAGAUCAAGGUCUUCUGCGACAAAGGAGCAGAAAGGAAAAUCCGAGACGAAGAGAGGAAGCAGAACAGGAAGAAGGGGAAAGGCCAGGCCUCCCAAACCCAGUGCAACAACUCCUCUGAUGGGAAGCUGGCAGCGCUGCCUUUACAGAAGAAGAGCGACAUCACCUACUUCAAAACCAUGCCCGACCUGCACUCACAGCCGGUGCUGUUCAUACCCGAUGUUCACUUCGCAAACCUGCAGAGGACGGGACAGGUGUAUUACAACACGGAUGAUGAACGAGAAGGCAGCAGUGUCCUUGUUAAACGGAUGUUCAGGCCCAUGGAAGAGGAAUUUGGACCCGCACCUUCUAAGCAGCUGAAAGAAGAAGGGAUUAAGCGAGUGCUGUUGUACGUGCGGAAGGAGACGGACGAUGUGUUCGACGCUUUGAUGUUGAAAUCGCCUACGGUGAAGGGCCUAAUGGAAGCGAUAUCUGAGAAGUACGGGCUGCCUGUGGAGAAGAUCACAAAGCUUUACAAGAAAAGCAAAAAAGGCAUCUUGGUGAACAUGGACGACAACAUCAUUGAGCACUACUCGAACGAGGACACCUUCAUUCUCAACAUGGAGAGCAUGGUGGAAGGCUUCAAGAUCACACUCAUGGAAAUCUGAGCCCUGCUCUCGGCCUCCCCUUGGCAUCGGCCUUUGGUGCCUUCCUCCCCAGCAGCAAUGGAGGCCUUGGCCCGGAACCCGGACGCCCACCUCCCCCACCCCAAAACCACUGUUACAGACUGUGCUGGGAGCCGGGCAAGGCACGGCCCUGUUCCUUACCGAUGUGCUUGGCCCAUCCACUGGCUCGUACUGGAGCCGAAGCCCGAGCCCCUCAGGAAGGGAUGCUGGGCCUGUCGGGACACUUAUUUAUUGUCCACCUUGCCCUGGAGCCCAGGGUCCAGGCCCGCCCGGACGCUGCAGGGCACUGCUGGCCCCACAUGAGACCGUCCAGAGCCCUACCCUUGCAAGGGAAAGUCUGUUGGCCCUGAAGAGCCUGAAAACGUCUGGGUCCUUCUGCUUCGCCUCUGCUUCUCCUGAGUGGCUGGACCAAAAGCGCUCCUGCCACUGCAGUAGUCAGGCGGGCUGGAGGUGGAUGCGGCUCCCUGGGCAGGAACCUACAGGUUGCUGUGGGGAACCCUCCCAGGGUUUCCAGCGAGUGGCUCAUGGGCCUUGCACAGGAAGACAUUCAGCCACCGUGUAAUGAGUGACCCAGAAGGUACGCCUGGCUGGCGUGUACAUAGUGUUUAUAAUAUGGCAAUAAUAUAUUUUACCUGUGGUGUGCGGGCACGUUUACUGCCGCUGGCCUGGGGCAGAUGGAGCCGGGACUCCGCUUCCCGCCAGAGGGCUGCCUCUGUGCCGGGUAGGGACGCGGCCUUCGGGGCGUCAGGGGACCCCGGGGGUGCGGAGAAGGACGCUGCGGACGUGGGGGGCACGCCCGCCCUGUGGGCCGCUGCGCUGGUCUCCCGGGGAGGCCCCCGCCCCUCCCGCUGCGCAGGGCUAGGCGGAGAGACUGCGGGGCGCUGUGCGGGGGCGCGGCGGUGCUCGACCCCAAGGACCUGAGGACUUGGCCACGCGGGAGUGCCUCACCGUGUACAAGUGUGUCCUUCGUCUCACGUGCCUCCCCCGGAGGAGCCCGACUGCAGCUCUGCGAGCCGCGCCGGCCCGUCAACUUAGCUCUGAAUCAAAGGCCCGAGGCCGCCUUUGCUCCAGGCUGCCCGAUUGGGGUGGGGGGGAGGGGCAGGGGGCGACCCCAGAGCGCUCUAGCUCUUCUGCGCUAAGCUCCCAAGGAGGACUGGGAGGGCGGAGGUCUCGUCCUCCCGCACGUGCCCUGGGAGACAAAGAGGAGAAUAAAACGCUUCCUUAAACGAUCGAUCGCGGGAUGAUGAGCCGUCCUGGGUUGCUGUUCUCUUUGAAGGGACAGGUAGGUGAUCUCGGGUUUGUGUCCAGCCUUGUGGGUUGAAGCACUAGCCUUUUGGUAGCCAGACAUGUCCUCUCCCCAAGGUCCUUCACUAGGAUGGAUUCUGUGUACGGGCCUCGAAUUGUUUGUGAAGCACUUUGACGUCUUGGGAGGGGGGUGUCGGGGUCUUUCCAAGGCCUCCCUGCCUCCCACCCCACCUGCCCUUGAGGCGGCGACGGAAGGGCUGCUUCCAGCCCAGCUGUUGUUCCUGAGGCUCGGAGGGGGAGCAGGGGCCGCACCUAGGGCGGUGUCCAGUGGUGGUGAGGGGGCACCUUUCCAUGCGUCUUCUGUACACCUCCCCCUUUCCCCUGGUGCCAAAGGUUUGCAUCCUGGAUUCAGUUCUGCUCCAGCCUGUUCCCUGGUCUCCCACUCUUGACUGCCAUGCCCUGGACCAGCAGCCUGGGGACCCUCCUGGGUGCUGAUGAAGCUCUGUUCUGUGAUGGAGAAGUUCAGUGUUGGAAAUACAUAAUGUACUCUGCACUUCCCAUGCUCCUUGAACCCUCAAGGGCGGGUUCAAACGUGAUUGGCAGGUGAAACUGCAGAUACAGUUGGGCUGGGAUGUGGAGUCCAGAGCAGGGAAAAGAAAAAAUUGGGGGCAAUCUGACACAGGUUACCCUCCCCUUCUUUCUCUAGUCUCUAUAGGAAAGUGUUUGCUGGUCCUGCCCUAGGCAGAGAAUGCCUCAGAGAUGCUUUUGCAUUUGUUUUGGGUCCCUGAGCAAUCACUGUGGUGACCCCAACCUACCAGAACAAAGAAGGUGAGGCCAGUGCCACCAAAGGGUGGCGCAGAGCAUCACUUCCCAUCUGAUCUGUACCCCGCCCCUCCCUUGUGCCCUCUGCAUUCUCAGAGUGCCUGUGGCUUAGCAUGGAUAUGUCCUCCACCGUGAAUGUCAGCAGAGCCUCAGUGAGCACAAUUUUCUGAGCAGAAGCACUCUAGAGAGAUAGGAAAAACUGCCUCUUCUUCUUUUGUCCCUCAAAUUAAUCACACUCAAAUAAAUACACUUUAAAAAAGAAAUCCAUAUAAGAUGAGGGACACGUAAAAUGAGUAUAUGUCCUAUAUAUACCCAAGCUGCCUAGACUUAACAGGUGUUUGGAAAUUGGGUCCAACAGAAAAAUGCAGUCAGAUGUCAUCUUGGACUUGGAUCCUCAAAGACUAAGCCCAGAAACUUAGGAAGCAUGAAAUGAAUCAAACAUUUAUUUUCCUUCUUACUUAAAAUUAGGAAAAUGCAACAGAAACAGAGGGUUUGUGCCAAAUUCUGUGAACGGCCCUUUCUUAAAAACAAGCAAGGGAGAUUGAUAGAUGGACAGUUUGCUCUCGUGUUAAAAAAAAAAAAAAAAAAAAAAGGCAAAUGUAACUUAAUAGUUUUGUAAAUGGGAGAGGGGGAAUCUAUAAACUAUAAAUACAGUUAUUUUAUUUUUUGUACAUUUUUAAGAAGAAAAAAUAAAUAUUCAUACCGUCAGAGUAAA